UUCUCUCUGCCUGUUUCCCCUCUGAGUGACGAUGGCCGAAGCCCAGUUCUUUGUAUCACAAGAUGAGUUCACCUGCUCAGUGUGUCUAGAGAUUCUCAGUGACCCUGUGACAAUCCCCUGUGGUCACAGUUUCUGUCUGAAGUGCCUCACUGACUGCUGGGAUCAGAGCCAAGAGUGCAGCUGUCCUCAGUGCAGAGAGACCUUCAUGCCAAGGCCUGAGCUACGAAGAAGCACUGUGCUGAAUGAAGUCAUCAAGAAAUUAAAGAAGACGGCAAUCAGUCCUCGUCCUCUUCCUCAGCCUCAGAAUUAUGCAAGCCCUGGAGACGUGGAGUGUGACUUCUGCACUGUGAAUAAAUUUAGAGCGGUGAAGUCCUGUCUGACCUGUAUGGCCUCUUACUGUCAGACUCACCUUCAGCUUCACUUUGAAAUAGCUGCCUGGAAGGACCACAAGCUGGUUGAUCCUGAUGGCAAUCUGAAGGAGAAACUCUGUGUGAAACAUCUGAAAAGCUUGGAAAUAUUUUGCAAAACCGAUGAGACAUGUGUCUGCUUGAUGUGUGUGGUGACUGGACAUAAAAAUCAUGAAAUAGUGGAGCUGGAAAUGGAAAGAGAAGAAAAAGAGAAACAGUUGGAGGUGACACUGAGUGACAUCACAAGGAGACUUGAGGAGAGAGAGAAGACACUGGAGGAGACAAGAAGGGUGAUGGAGCAGAUGAGGAUCUCUUUUGCAAGAGAAGUAGAAGAAAAUGAGAAAAGCUUCAAUGACCUUAUUAACUACAUAAUGGAAACCCACAGUAAAUUGACUGCGAGGAUCAGAAAACAAGAGAAGAGGGAAAUGAAGAAGGCUGAAGGAGUCUUGGAGCAACUGGGGAAAGAGAUUCAGGAACUAAAGAGGAGAGACGCUGAGCUUCAGAAGCUUUCAGACACCAAGGAUCACAUCCGCUUUCUGCAGACUUUCUCAUCUCUCUGUGUUCUUCCUGCUGAUGGAGACUCGCUCAACUUCACUGUCACUGCUGAUUUCUCUUCUGAGGACCUGAGAAAGGAGAUGUCAUGUCUGAGGAAGAGUGUGGAGAAGGUGAGCCAGUGGGACAUCAUGUCAAGGACUCCAUCAGUUAGGAGAGUGGUCAGGGUGCCACUAAGGACCACACGGAGGCCUUUUGGAAGGAGAUGGACAACACCAACAAUAAGAAAAGGUUCUGGAGCCCGCAAUUCUCACCCUAAAACCUCCUGAACCUCGGAGCAGAGAGGAGUUUUUAGAAUACUUUUAUCCUCUCACAAUGGACAUCAACACGGCACACAGAGAGCUCCGUCUGUCUGAAGGGAACAAGAAGGUGACGCGUGAUGGGACAGAGAUUGAAUAUCCUUAUCAUCCUGACAGAUCUGACUACUGGGAACAAGUUCUGUGCAGAGAGGCUCUGACUGGGACUCACUGUUACUGGGAGGUGGAGUUCACUGGAGACUUAAUGAGGAUUGGAUUCGCAUAUAAAGGACUGAGCAGGAAAAGAGAGGGCAGGGUGUGCAGCCUGGGAAACUACAACAAGUCCUUGAGUUUGUGGUGUUUUAAUUCCAAGUAUUCUGUGCACCACAAUAAUAAGGAGACUGUAAUCAGCACUCCCUACAGCCUCAGAAUAGGUAUUUAUCUGGACUGGCCUGCUGGCUCUCUGUCAUUUUAUAGCGUCUCACACACAGUGGCCCUCCUACACAGGUUCAACACCUCCUUCACUGAGCCCCCCUAUCCAGGGUUUGGGGUUGGUACUGACUGCAGUGUGACAAUCUGCC